CAAUGUCACCUAUAAAGUAUGCCCAGAGGGUAGUGUCCAAGAUGAUACAAUUAUAUCAAUUAUAAUGUCUCAUAUGUUUCACCUACCAUUGUAGCAUUUUAUUUCACUGUAUUGUGUUGAUGUAUGUAACAACUCAUUGAACACUUUUUGUUUAGUUGUACUGAGAAAGACUUUUUGCUCGCUCGUUGACUAAUACAACAACCUGAUAUAUACUUCGCGUUAACUCCUGAUAUUUACGCUGUCUGACGCAGGUGGAUCAGCAGUGUCGGGAAUUAUAAAUAGGCGAUAGUGUAUCUGGACACGUAUAUAAAAUUUGGAAUCAGAUUUCAGAGCUCGAGAAACUGGUGAGCUCGACGUGAUUAAACUCUCGCAAUUGAAUACUGCAACCGGCCAUUAAUGGCUGUAUACAAUACGGAUAUACAUAUAUACUGAGAAUUUCUUUGGCUGCUUUAUGAAUCAUUAAAAUUCAGGUUACAGGCAUAAUCUAUUAAAGAUGCCUUCAUUAUCUGAAAAUUUAAAGUCCUCUGAAGUGGGUAAUUCAAUCUCAACUUCAAAUCAAUCACAUCAUAAUCUAUCGUCCAAUAAUAAUAUUUUGCACAAUGAUAAUACUUAUUUGAACUCAAAUGGUUCACCAAGUAUCACCAUACAUCACAUGGAUAAUGGAAAUUUGAGUACCACUAAUGAAGAGCUUGUGAAUAACAAUAAUAAAGUGGAUGAAAAAAUCAUUAUACCAUCAAACUGGACUACAAGUAUAGAACCAUCACUUGUGUAUAUUGAUGAAUCAGAAGAUUUAUAUAAUCAAUCAAAGCAGAGAAUAUGUAUACUUGAAUGUCAUUUAUGUGAGUCAGCAGAAACUAAAAAUGAUAUUCAUCAACACAAUAAUGGAUUAAGAAAUUCUUACAGAAAAUCACGACAUCUUCAGCGUGAUCAUUUUCAUGAAGAUGAUCAUAUCAAUAAAAAUUGUUCAGUGCAUAAACAAAUCAAUGGAUUCAUGGAUCAUGAAAGUAACAGUAUUAAAUGGAUUGAAAGGUGUAAACAAUUUGAAAAUGAAAUGAAAGAUUUAAAGAGAGCGAAAGAUAAAGCACAAUGUCAAAACGUGAAAUAUGAAGAACAGAUAAAUGAAUUGAAAAAUAAGUUGAAUUCAAAACAAGAUAAAAUACAAAGUUUACUAAUGGAAUUAGAACAAUCAAAUCAGCGGUUGAAUGAGAUUGAAACACAAUUCACGGCUUAUAAAUCACAAACAAGUCAAAAUGAAGAAAAUUAUCACAGUUUAUCGCAUGAUUUUAUCAUUAUGAAGCAGUGUAAAGAGCAAGCUGAACUGAACGCUAAAAAUUGUGAAAAUAAUCGACUGUUAUAUGAAAAACGAAUGAAGGAAUUAGAUGAAAACUAUGAAAAAAACAAACAACGUUAUUAUGAAGAUGUUCAAAGCCUAAUGAGUCAAUUGGAUACUGAACGCUGUAGAGCUGAUGAAUUGCUUCAGAAGAUUGAACAGAAUCGUCGUCAAAAUGAAGAUCAAAUUAGGAAGAUUGAACAAUCUGAAAAGAAAAGAUUUGAUACAUUAUUGGAAGAAGGUCAAAAAGAGCUUAGAAAACAAUUAAGUAAACUCAAUGAACAAAUUAAAGAACAGCAAAUGAAAAUAUUCAACCAAGAAUUAAAAAUUUCCACUAUUGAAUCAGAGAAAAAUGAGCUUCUACAGAUAAACAAAAAAUCAACUGAUGAACAGUUGGAAUUACGUGAACAAGUCAAAUUAAUUGAACAUUUACUAGCUGUUAAAGAUCAAGAUAUUUCAAUGAUACAAUUUGAAUGUCGUCUUUACUCUGAUAAAAUAAAACAAAUUGAAUUGGAAAAAGGUCAUCUCAUCGAGAAGGGAAGGUUAAUAAAACAAAGAUAUCAAAAUAAAGCUAGACAUGCAUGGGACCACUGUCAAACUGUUCGAGCACGUUUAAAUCGACGACUAAUACAAAUACGUUAUAACAGAGACUUGUUAUCGAAACAUUUACGAAAACAAUAUGAACAAAUGAAUCGUUUAAAUCAUCUUUUCUGGGAAACAGGUUGGGCCUAUGUUCAAACACAAAACUGUCUGCAAGAUAUACGUAAACAAGAUAAAGAAUAUGUCGAUAAAGAAAUGCAAACAAUUGCAGUUACUAACAAAAUUAAGCAGUCUAAUAUGGCAGUUGAUCAGAUGACACAGACUGAAAUUUCAUAUUUCGAUGCUGAAGUAAACGAUGAUACAGUUAUGUCAUGCGCUAUUGCAUGGAUUUCAAAUGAUUUGGAUAAUUUAGCAGAAAAAUUAGAAAAGUUAAUUAAAUACCAAGGCACAGAAAAGUGUUAUGACUUUGAAGGACAGUAUGAUGAAGAAUUGCAUAUUGGGAUUAACGAGAAAGUGUCUUUGUUCUCCUUGAUUUUGGGUUUAAAGUAUAAAGUGAAUUGGUUACGUAGAUGGUGUAAUCAAUUAACGAAUUCCACUCUUAACAAUCAGAAUUUCGAGGUGACAGAUAAAAAUGAGUCCAUUAAAUUGAAAAAUCUUAAAAAAAGUUUCCAAAAUUCAACAAGGGAUUUGAAAUUGUUGUUAAGUCAGAUGGAAACUGAUGCACUAGAAGAUGAAUUAUCAUGUGUUGGUCAACUUGCACAAACAACAGCUAACCAGUUGAAACUUAGUCACUUACGGCUGGAAGAAAAUCUGGAUUCAAUAAGAACUGAUCUUAUUCGUCUUAAAGCUGAAUGUCAUUAAAUCACAUUCCGCAUAAACCUGAUUAUAAAGAAUUUAAUAUAGUUAUGUUACUUUCUUUACUUAUCAUAUAUUUACACUGAAUGUAAGCCAAGUGGUUCUUGUAUACAAACAGUAAUGUUCAAUAUAAAUAUGAUGAGUACA